AUGGCCGACGCGGCAGCGCGAGAGCAGGAAAGCGAAAGCGUUUCAGACAGCCGGGUGGGCGAAACGGGAGGCCUGAUAAACCUUUCGUUGUUCUUGGAAAGUUGUGUGCCUGUUGCAAAUUCCUUGAACUUUGGCAACUUUGGGAGCCCUCUGCUUUUUGGCCCUUUGCAGCUGGCCCAGAUUAAGACGCAGUUGGCCCUACACCAGCUGAGUGCCAUCGCCACCGGCAACCACGCCGCGCCGGCGUUGUCCUUGCUGAACUUGCUCAAGGUCACUAUGUCCCACCCCUUGUACAACCCCCGGGGGGCGCCGCCCUUCUCCAGCCAGCGGCCCGUGGUGUCUGGCCAGUACGGCAUGAGCGCGCAGCCGGUUCUGGACAUGGGGGCGGCCCGGGUGAUGUCGCAGAUGAUGCCCCAGCAGAUGGGGUUCCAGCUGCCUCAGCGGCCGGCACCACUGCCCCAGGAUGUGGAGUCCACCAUAGACAUGCACAUCCGCGGCGCGCGCGAGGAGGUGCGCAUGCUCAACCAGAUGAUGCACCAGCAGAAGCUGGCCGACCCGCGGCUGAGGAAGGAGGCCAGGGACGAGGGCCUGUCGCAGGGGGGCGGCUUCCCCCCGCAGAGGGUCCCCGGCAGACCCGACGACCAAUCCGCUGUGGACUGGUCUGGCUACCAGACCCCCAACAAGCUGUUCGCCUCGCAGGUGAUGGCCCAGCCAUCCCCUCCCGCCCAGAUGUUCCAGCCCUCUGGGUUCGGGAGUCCCGCCGGGGUAGCGAGAGGCGGCGGGGAGUCCCAGCCUCCUCCCCCCCUGCCCGUCGCCGCCGGCGACCGACGGCCGUCCCGCUACACGUCGGAGAGCGCCAGCAGCAUCCUGGCCAGCUUCGGACUUUCCAACGAGGACCUGGAGCUCCUAAGCCACUACCCGGACGAGCAGCUCACCCCGGACAACCUGCCCUUCAUUUUGCGGGACAUCCGAGUGCGGAAGGAGUCCAAGAGGACACUGUCGGAGAUGGAGCCCCCCAGGGCGUCACCGGGGGAGCCGCGGCCCAGCAAGGUCAUUGACUACGGGCACUCGAGCAAAUUCGGCUACUCCGAGGACAGCCCGGACAGCUUCAAGCGGGAGCAGCUACCCGCGGAGCCGCUGAAGUACGCGCGGGACGGGGCGGUGGGCGGCCCCGCCUUCGCCUCUGCGGAUGCCAAACGGCUGCAGUCCGGUGGCAUCCCGCCUGCAAAGAAAGCGCCGAUGGAGCUGAGGAAGCACCCGUCCGGGAUGGAGGACAAGACCGCCAAGACCGCGCCCAGCAGAGACCCCGGGCCCAAGCCCCUGCCCGGUCCCGGCAGGUCCCCCGCCCUGCCGCCCGCACCGCACCACGUCAGAACCAACCUGGUGAACCUGACCGACAGCGGCGGCGGUCCGAAGCCCGGCUACCCGCUCCCGAAGUCCGCAUGGUCCCCUUCCUUCCCCCCGAGCAACUCGGCGACGUCGAAGAGGCUGCCUACGCCGACCAUGAUGAACGAUUACUCUGCUGCGUCCCCGAGAAUCUUUCCCCAUACCUGUUCUCUGUGUAACGUAGAAUGUGUCCAGAUCCAGGACUGGAUCGAGCAUCAGAACACCAACCUCCACAUCGAGAGCUGCCGGCGGCUUCGCAAACAGUACCCUGACUGGAAUGUGGAGAGUGUCGCCGUGUCCAGGAAUGAGAGGAAGCCGUCUCUGGACCGCCACAGCCCGAAGCGGCGCACCCGCUCCCCGUCCCGCUCACAGUCGUGGUCCCGCUCGCCCAGCCCGUGGCGUUACCAUGGCCGCUCGGGGUCGCGGGGUCGCCGGCCUCGCUCCCGCAGCCCCCGCAGGUACCGGCGGUCCCGGAGCCGGUCCCGGUCCCGCUCGCCGCGGCGCCCGUCCCGGCCCAACCCGCCGCUGCCCCGGCGCCGGUCCCGGACCCCGCCCCCCCGCCGCUCCCGCUCACGGUCCCGCAGCUACACCCGGCGCUCCCCGCCCCGCCCCUCCCGCCGGCUGAGCCCCCGCCGCCAGCACCGCUCCUCCAGCAGUGAGAGGCUCGCCAAGAAGCUCAUCGAGUCCUCAGGGUUGUCUGUGACUGACAGCACCACCCUGGAGGCCGUGAUGGAGUCCCUGGCUCCGGCGCUCAUGGCAGAACUGGCCAAGAAGAAGGGGGCCUCGUCCUCUUCCUCCGCCAAGAGUGGUGCCAAAAAGCACUCCUCCUCGCCCCCGCCCUCCAAGAAGGGCGAGCCUCCUAAACCAUCCACGCCCAAAUCCGGCCCCGCCAAGCCCAGCUCGUCCUCCAAGAAUGUCAAAGUGAAGAAGAAGGCGGCUCCAGGCACCGCCUGUCUGCUGCGUCUCAAAGGAGUGCCGUUCAGCACCUCGCACCAGGAGCUGGUGAACGCCGUGCAGACCUACGGCAAGAUCAACAACGCCAUCCUCCUAAAGGCUAUCGAGGAGGCCUCAGUGUGUAUGGAGAGGGAGGAGGACGCCAAAGCCCUUGCCGAAUGCAAGAACCUGACGAUACGAGGCAAAGUCAUUACCAUCUGCAUGGAGAAGGAUGCAGCGAAGGACCAUAAGAAGCCUGUCGUUGUGAAAAAGAAGGAGGUGCCCACAGCCAAGGCUGCUAUGACCACUAAGGGAAAAGUUUCUGCCAAGAAGACAGAAAGCAGUGUUGUGAAGAAGGUGGUGAAGAAGGAGGUGUGUAAGAAGGGUAUGGUCCAGAUUUCGGGGCUCCCUGACAGCGGCUACACCGAGGAGGACAUCAUCAAACUGGCCACACCCUUUGGUCUCGUCAAUGAGGUCGUCAUCGCCGUGGAAAAGAGACAGGCGUUCGUGGAGCUGCCUCAAGCCGAAGCGCUGGAGGCCAUGCUGCAGGCCUACAAGGAGACGCCGGCAAAAGUCCGGGACAGCGAGCUGAGCGUGGAGCUGAUGCCCCGGCCCCUGGACCUCGCAAACCCGGAGUCGCUGUUCAGAGUGCUGAAGGGAGUCGAGAAGCCAGCGGAGGCUGCGGGUCUCGGCGACCGUCUCCUCGUGGUCAGCAACGUGCCCAGCGGGAGCAGCGCGGCCACGGAGAUCCAGGAGCUGGUGAAACGCUUCGGCAGCGUCAAGCAGGCCCUGGUGCUCAACCGCAGGAUCAUUCUGGAGAUGGAGACAGCAGCCAUCGCCAAGGCCGUCCACAGCCGUUUCCUCAAGUUCCCCUGCAUCGUCCAGAACAACCCCCUCACCUUCUCCGUGCUGAUUAAACCGGCAAAGUGCGCCGAGGAGGUCAAAAAGAAACCUGAAGUGAAAGGCACUAAACCAGCUGCUAAGCCGACUGACUCGAUAAAGAAGGGCCCCGCUGCCCCCAAGACUGCUGCUGCUGCCGUCUCCAGAACACCAGCCACCGUCCCCAAAACCACUGCUGCUGCUGCUACCAAAGCAAAAACGCCCAAACCCCAGACCCCCACCUCCACCGCCACGACGACCGACAAGCCCGCUGUUGCCACACCUGUUGCCACACCUGCUGCCACGCCCUCUCCCGCUGAACCGGCGGCCACGCCCACUCCCACAGAACCAGUUGCCACGCCCACACCUGCAGAACUGGCCGCCACACCCACACCUGCAGAACAGGCCACCACGGCGCCCUCUACUGUCCCCGUCACCACAACGACGGCCUCGGCCACCUCAUCGCCUGUGACGAAGCCCGAUGACCCAGCCACCGAGGGUCAGGCAGCGGCUCCUGGUGAGGGCCAGGAGACGGCCGAGGAGGUGGCCCUAGCCCCCAGCGCCGAGGGGGCAGCUACGGAGGGUCCCACGGGGUCCCCUGCUCCGGAGACCCAGGAGGACCAGACGCCCACGGACGCUGGUGAGGAUGAUGUCCCGUCCGCAGAGAGCGGCGUCGCCGUGUCUGCUCCGGUCGAGGGCACGGAGGCGCAGAGCGAUGCGGCGGUAGAGGAGCAGGCCGAACAGGGUACCGAGGUCAAACAGGGUGAAGCUGCAGCCAGCACGCAGGCCGCAGAGAGAUUGAGCCAGGAGGCUAAAGCGGACAGCCAGGCUGCGGGGCCUCCGGACAGCCAGCCCGCGGGGCCGCCUCCUGCUCCUCCCGGGGAGACGGCCCCUCCUAGAGACUCCCAGCAGCCGGAGGCGGAGUCCCCGGAAUCCACCAGUCCCAGCGCAGCCAACGCCACCCCCGCCACGCCGUCCACCCCCACCACGCCGUCCGCCCCCAUCCCCGUCCCCACCCCCGCAGAGAGCAGCCAGCCCCCUCCAAAAACCACGUCCACUAAGGCCAGCCCGAAACCCGCCAAACCGGACUUGGAGAAGCCGGAAGUAGGCGCGGCGACGGAGGCGGAGCAGAAGGCGCUGGACUUCCCGCCGGUGACGCAGGAGAUCCUGCGUGCGCUGGAGGCGGCAGUGCACGAAUGCCGCAUGCGCUCAUCGCAGCGGCGCGGCCAGGACCUGCACUCCUCCCGGCACCGCAGGGCCCCCUCCGAGGAGGAGCUGCCCCCCGUCACGCACCGCGGCGGCUCCUCGGGCUCGUCCUCGGGCUCCCGGAAGAGCAGGCACGACGGGAGCCCCGUCCCGCGCAGAGGGAGGGGCCACGCGGCCGAGGAGGCCCGGCACAAGAGCCACAACUCCAGCAGAUCUUCAAGGUCGUCGAGGAGCAGCUCCAAAGCCAAGGAAGACAAAAUGGUGGAGGACGAGGCUCUGGCAGAGAUGGGUGAGGACUCCUUCCCUUUCGACCUGGAUGAGUUUGUGACGGUGGACGAGGUCGGAGACGAGACAGACGGCCCCGCCCUGGAGGAGACGCCCGAGCCCCAGCAGCCGGCCACACCCACCCCGGAGCGCCCCGCCAAGCGCCGGCGACCGCAGGGAGCAGGCGACACGCCCUCGCCCACGGGCGUGGCGCAGAAGAAGCCUGCCCCCACAGCACAGAGGCUGCAGAAGAAGCCAAGCCCAGCCACCAAAGCCAAACAGGCCAAGAAGGCACCGCCCAGACCCGCGGCACGCAAAGGCAGGGCGGGGCCGGCCAGCGCACAGGCGGCCAAUGAGGACAUGGCGGAGGCGGAGUCUGAGGACUCCAGGACAAUCCACGAGGAUGGAGUAGAGGACACAAAGACUGAAGCCGUCAAUGCCUUGGACCUCCAGCAGGAGGCGGUAGCGGAGGCCUCUGACAAAGACGGCAAGGUGGCGGGGGAGGUAACAGACACUGCGGCAGCUACAGCGGGGGCGAGGGGCGAACCGGGGGUCCAGACAACUGCGGGAGAAAGCACAGCACUGCAAACGGACGGGCCGCGGAGCACGGGGGCGGAGCCGCCCGCAGGAACCUCCCAGCAUCCCGCUGCAAAGCAGGAAGCUGCAGCUGCUGGCAGCCAGGAGAAGAAGCAGGGCGUGGCUGCCGGGGGGGGCGCCGGGGCAAAGACCGGCCCGCUGGUCACCCUGGACGAGGUGAGCGAGGAGGAGGAGGACUACCCUGACGAGGACGAAGAGCUGCUGAUGCAGCAGGACCUGGGCGGGGUCGGGGACGACCCCGAGGCGCUGGUGACGGUGGACGAGGUCGGGGGCGAGGGGGACGAGGAGCCCUUCCUGCAGACGGACAGGGACAUGCAGGCCCUGGUCACCUUGGACGAGAUCGUGGAGGAGGAGGAGGAGAGCGAGGGGCCUGUCUCCGAAACUUUCCCCUUCAAUCUGGAGGAGGAGUCCGGAGACGCCUUCAACCCCGAGGCUCUGUUCACUCUGGAUGAGACUCGGGGCGACGAUGAGGAGGUGGAGGAAGAGGAGGCCAAGAAGACGAGCUCAGUGGAGGUCGUGCCUCCAGCCUCUGACACAGCAGGUCCCGUGCAGUCGCCCGUGGGUGUAUUCCCCUCGGCGGGGUCACCGGGCACGGAGGAGGACGGCAGGGGUCUGGAGGAGCUUCGCAGGAUGAAUUUCGUUACUGUGGAUGAGGUCGGAGAGGAAGAGGAGCAGCAGCUAAUGCCACCUGAGGAGGAAGAGGGAGAAUCAGCCCCCAACGCCAGCGCAGGCCAGCCCAAAAAGAGGGGGCGCCAGGCCACCGUUAGGAAAUCCACAAGGGGAAAGAAGGCCGUGCCCAUGAACGAAGAGGAAGAGGAGGAAGAGGAAGAGCAGCCUCAGGAGGUCCCUGGCUCCGGUUCUGUCAGGAGCUCUGGAGACGUGGAGAGACAGGACCCCACCCCUGUCCCCGAGCCCCAGGCCGUGAAGAGUGAGGCGUCCGGGGAUCUGCCUGCGGCUGGGUCCCCUCAAACGGGGCAGGUCCAGGAGGCCACGGACCCCAAAACUCUGCCCCCAAAACAGGAUCCUCUGGAGAGCUGUAACACUGCCGAGACCCGAGCUGCAGUCAAAGAAGAGUCAAAGCUAAGGAGAGAUGAGGUGCGGACAGUGGAGCCCAACCCAAAGAAGUCCAGAUCAGAAUCUCCCCAGAUCAAGGAGUACAAGAUACCCCCAUUCAGUCCCAACAGCCCUGUCGGUCUGGAGUUUGUGGUACCGAAGACAGGGUUCUUCUGCAAGCUCUGCUCCCUGUUCUACGGCAACGAAGACGCAGCUAAGAAGACGCACUGCGGUAGUCUCAAGCACUAUCAGAACCUGGAGAGAUACCUGCAGAAGCGAGAGGCGCAGCACAGAGGCAGCUCCGCCCACAGCUCCCUGAGCGAAUGAGCCGGGCGUUCCCCACGUCCCCGCCCACAUCCCCGUCCCCCGCCCGAGGGUGUCCUUCCUCUCAUGGGUCCAAUAUCACU